AUGGCUGCUGAGCGAGACAGCGACUUCUACGUGAACGUGUCAAGCGACGGCUGUCGAGACGAAGCGGACGAGAGACUCAGCACCCUCAGUGCACAACACCAGGACGACGCAGAGUACACCAGUGUACUGUACGCGAGGCCAGUGGAAGUCAUGUCACCCACAUCGUCCAGUAGCAACGACUCUGGGUCCGAGUUCUACGCAACAAGACAUCAUCGCAGUGAUCCAGAUAAAGGGAAGGAGCACGUGAUACGAUCCAUGAACGCUGCAGAGGACAAAAGUGACGCUGAUGCUGAAGCUACAGACGAUGAAGAGUGCAAGGGCCUAGGAGAAACUGGUACAGCAGACGAAACAGACCAAGAUCGGUUUAAAUUGGCGAUCGCGCUGGACUUUGAGACAGACACUAAUGCUGCAAUUAGUACUGGACCGCCAAGUGUUACUCGAAAGACAUCGAGUAGCUUUUCAGACCUUGGAGAUUACGAAGAUUUCUCGUUUUCCGAUGCGAUCACGAUACCAAAUGGCGGAGGCCCAGGGAGCGUGGAGAGCAGCAGUAAUUCCGGCACACCUACCACGUUUUAUCCUAUUUAUGAGAACGAGGCUUUUCGAUUCACUCAUGCUAGCGUGAGCAACUGUGGAUACGGCAGCUACGACGCGAUUGACAAGAUUCCUGGAGUUUACACAAACAGUCCUGCGAGAAGUGCACGGAGUGCGAACUCGCCCACGAUGCUGCGUCUCGAUAAUUAUGGCUACAGUGGAGGUCGAAUCACGCCAACUUUCCAACUAACGCAGCCGGCAGAUGAGUCGCAUCCAUUAAUUGGAGACAUUUAUCCGGUUUCUGGUGAGGUUGUGCGGCUACGAGUUGACAAUGCCGCUUAUAUUAUCUUCUACAAGAGCGACGAUAGUGGCGAAGAGCAGAACACAAAGAAUGAAAUACUAGCGAUGUCUUCAUCGUCUGAGGAUGACGUUGAUACUAGCGAGUGGGGUGAGGAAGGCUCUGGCAGAGUAGCCCCGCCACGAUCGUAUGCCUCACUAGGUGCAGCUGGCCACAAGGUGCAAACCGACAACUGCUUUACUCGGGACUAUAAUCACCCCACGAGAUCUUUGGGUAGGGGUCUCUUUCGUGCGUCCACGAGUGUUGGCAGUGCCUUUUUAAAAGGUGCAGCUGGUCUCGUGAACAAAACGUAUCAAGGUGGAGCUAACGGUGGCGUAUUUGGCUUUGCCAAAGGACUGGGAAUGGGGAUGUUAGGUCUGGGGACACAUACCGUGAAAGGCGCGUUCCGAGGUGUUGGGCAAGUGACUCAUCUGGUCGGUGAGAUGGUGUUAGGGACUGCGCCACAUUUCAGCAUUGACGGUACGCUGGUGCUCACGAACUAUCGCAUCAUUUGGCAAGCGUUAAGCACGAAAGACGCCAUGGAGAUCCCACUGGCAUCGAUAUUGUCGGCUGAAAGCUCGACGACAGCGCCGCAUGUCGCCAAUAUUGAAGGCAAACAUCUUCUGCGUGCCUCGUUGGCAUUCCAGAAUGAGACUACGUGCUCGGAUUUCUUGGGCUGCGUGUGGGAGCUCUACUCAACGGGUGGCUCGCCUCCUCACUAUCUAUUCGCACACUUGCAUUAUCAAGCACUACGACAUAAAGACGAAUUGAAGACGCCGGAUGGAACUGGACUUGAAACCCCGAGUGACUCUUUUUACGAUGCCGAGGAAGACUAUCGCCGACUGAAGCUGCUGGACGAAGAUAGCUGGAUGCGGUUGUAUGACAACUCAGACUACACCAUGUUCCCGUCAUACCCGGAUACGUUCGUGAUCCCGUCGGUGCUGGAUGAAGAUGAUCUUCGCGAGCUGAGCGCUUAUCGCAGUGCAAGCCGCAUUCCUGCGGUUGUAUGGCGUCAUCCGCACACUGGGGCGCUCGUGUGUCGCUGUGCCCAACCUUGCACAGGAUUAAGUGGAUACGUCGUGGAAGCCGACCAGAAAAUGGUGUCUGCGCUUCAACACGCCACGAGCGCGUAUGGCGAUGCGAGAUUUCACUUUUUCGAUGCGCGAAGUCAAAUGGCCGCGGCGGCCAACUCGGCACAAGGUAAAGGCACAGAGGACCCGAGAAAUUACCCCAACUCAGAGCUUCAUUUCUGCGAUAUCGCCAAUAUCCAUGCCGUGCGUUCAUCAUACGCAUCGCUGGCUGCAGUGUGCCAGCUUGGCCAGGAACGGGAGAGCAGCGGCUGGUUAUUUCAACUGCGAAACACUUUCUGGUUUCUGCAUUUGUCGAAUAUCCUCUCGACGUCGCAGGAAAUCUGUCGCUAUCUUAGUCAGGGAAACUCUGUGAUGAUUCACUGUAGUGAUGGAUGGGACCGAACGCCACAGCUUACCGCCAUGGUGCAGCUCUUGCUGGAUCCGUACUACCGAACAGUGCGGGGAUUGCUAUGUCUGAUUGAGAAGGAAUGGUGCUCGUUUGGACACCUCUUUCGGUACCGCUAUGGACAUGGUGAAGGCCCGGGCCAACAAGAGCUCGAGGAACAGUCUCCAGUGUUCAUUCAGUGGCUGGACGCAUUAUGGCAGAUAUGGCGGCAACAACCCUGGGCGUUUGAGUUCAACGAAGCGCUUUUGUUGGCACUUUAUGAAAGUGUUUUCUCUGGAUUGUAUGGCAAUUUCCUGUACAACAACGAACGACAGCGGAAACAAGAGGAGGCAACUGCACCCACCCGAUCCCUGUGGUUUGUUCUGCUGGAGCAGACGGAGAAGUAUUUGAAUGUGGAGUACGACAGCGCCAAGAACUUUAACAGCAUCGGGUUAGUGCUUCCCUUUUCGUCGGAGGAAAAUGACUUGGUCAUGUGGACAAACCACUUGGUCUAUGCGGACCCUGUCUGCCGAAAGUACGAAUGA